AUGUUAACUUAUACACAACUAAACAGGGUUGAUGAGAUUAUCGAAGAAGCAGACGGUGUGAUGGUUGCCCGCGGUGAUUUGGGUAUCGAGAUUCCGCCUGAAAAGGUAUUUUUGGCCCAGAAAAUGGUCAUUGCUAAAUGUAAUCGUGCUGGAAAACCAGUCAUCUGUGCCACGCAGAUGCUUGAAUCGAUGGUGAAGAAACCGCGACCAACUCGUGCUGAAGGCGGCGAUGUUGCAAACGCGGUGUUGGAUGGUGCCGACUGCGUAAUGCUGAGCGGCGAAACAGCAAAAGGCGACUACCCAGUGGAAGCACUCAAAAUUAUGCAUCAGAUAUGCAAAGAAGCGGAAGCAGCAGUGUAUCACAUGCGAUUCUUCGAGGAACUCCUGCACGUCACUCCGAAACCAACCGAUAUCGCGCAUACUAUUGCUAUCGCAGCAACGUCUGCAGCAACAUCAUGCAAAGCAAGUGCCAUGAUCCUAGUCACUACAACUGGCCGAUCAGCUGGUUUGGUAUCUCGCUAUCGACCAACUAUGCCAGUAUUUGCAAUAUGCCGCGAUCGCCGUGUCGCUCGUCAACUUCAUCUCUGGCGUGGAAUCUUUCCGCUUCAUUAUGAAGCUGGCCGAGAGACCGACUGGCCGAGUGAUGUGGAUGCGCGUAUCAAUUACGGUAUUUCCAUUGGCAAGGAACGUGGUUUCAUCAAGAAGGCCGAUCUGGUAGUAGUCAUCACUGGCUGGAGACAAGGUAUACCUUUUCUUGAAGUCGUUUUUCGCCUAUUUGAGAUAUAUGCGGCACUACUUGCUAUUUAG